CGGAGGCGAAAUGUACAAGAACCAGCUCCAAGAGUUGGCGCAGAGGAGUUGCUUUAAUCUUCCUUCUUAUUCGUCUGUUAGGGAAGGCGGAGCACUCGGCGGCUGAGGUUGCUCUCAAUUCCCUUGCGAAUCGCGGUCCAUCUCACUCGCUUGCUGCUCGGAUCCUGAUCAAAAUCUGCUAGAAUUGGAAUUUCGAUACUUCGUGCAGCGUAAGUUGGUUUGAUUUCCUUCGAUUCCUGAGUACGGCUUCACCGUACGCAGCGGUGACGCCUGAACGUUCCGGCUUGCGACCUCUAUCGGUCGGAGUGGAGUCGGCGAUUACGAUAACCUGGCUUUUUCAUGAUGCAAAAUUACAUAAACACCCUUACCUUUUCCCCUUCUUUCCUCUAAUGGCUGAGCGGAUUCCUAACGCAGUUGUUUUUUUCUGACGAAGCCGACUACUGUAGACUUUAAAUUCAAGAAACAGAGUAUAUUUUAGGAAAGUUACUGACGGAAGCCCUCAACAUUGAUGGCUACCUGGGUUUGUUUUGUCGUUAUCAAUAUCACUACGGGACCAGUUGCGUGCGGGAUUUUCUAUGGGGAUGGACGAAACAGGGGUUUACAAGAACCUCUUGCAGGAAAUUGCCCAGAGAGUCGGGGCUCCGUUGCCACAAUAUACAACAGUCAGAUCAGGACUUGGGCAUUUGCCUGUUUUUACGGGGUCUAUAGAAUUGGCUGGAAUCACGUUCAUUGGGGAACCUGCCAAAAAUAAGAAACAGGCAGAGAAGAAUGCAGCCUUGGCAGCUUGGUCAUCUUUGAAACAAUUGGCAAAAGAAGCGGCAAGUUCAUCAGCAGUUGAAAGCAGCGACGAGCCCGAGCAAGUUAUGAUAGCUCGGGCACUAUCAAACUAUUGUUUAAAGGAGAAAACGUUCAGGACUAACUCAAAUGCCCCAAUGCCAUUCCCAAAAAAACUUUCAUUUCAAACUCCAAGAGCAACCAGUCAGCAACCUCCCCCUGCAACCACAUCGAAAAUUCUCCCUUUCAUUUGCCAAAAACCAGUUCCUCGAAGCAGACUACCACCAACGAAAAACAACAGCACUACGUUACCAUCACAUCCUCUUACAGCCUGUGGGAGUCAUCCUCAAAGGUUCCCGGCACCUGGAGCCGUUCCUUAUGUCCCGAUUCAACAAUAUAGGAUGCCUUGUCGGGGAAUUGUACUACCUGUGACUAUAAGAACUGCUGUGCCUGUUUACUCUGCAUCACCAUGCCCACAACCCCUGAAGGCACCCUCCCAGAUGCGACCUUCCCAACCCAUUCGAAUUGCCCCUCCUGUCUCUAUUAGACAAGCCAUUCCAGUUUUUGCUGCUCCUCCACCAUUGUCAAGAAAGGAACUCUCUGCUCUUUCCAAAGGAGAUUCUCCCACUGUCCCUAAACAAGAUCCUCCAACCAUUGCUACUGAGGAUUCUGCCGAUACCCUGAUAGCAGAUCAUUCAGUUGCUUCCACUCCAGUCUCGCUCACGGUGCCUCCUAAUCAAGUACCAGAAACUCAGAACACAAGAGCAAUCAAUUUGGAUGAAGAAACCAAAACACUUCAAAAUCUGAAACAGCCCAUAAUCCAAUAGAUUGUCAUGUUUACCAUAUGAUGUGAUAAUCUCAAAUCAUCUAAUGUUAUUAGAUUAAUGUUCUGUUUUAGUCUCCUUUGUAAUGUCUCGACAGUUUUGUGUUUGCCAUAUAUGACCAAAUAGUUAGCCUUAAGGUAAACGAGUGAGUAUCCACAGCCGAAUGUUAAUUCUGAAGUCGUUCGCCUUUUGCCAUUUGCCAAAAGAUUUAAGUCAUUCAUUCACAACUUCUCAGUUUCCUUGAUUUUGCAGGUUCUAAAAGCCAAGGCAAGUGUUAGAAUUGUUGAAAAUGAUUAAGUGGGUUGAGCUC